CCUUACUAGUAAAAUGCAUCUUCAAUGAGUUUCUGCAUCUCCUAUUCCGUACACGUACUUACUUUUUGAUUGAUAACUUUUUAUUGCUGUGAAGAGAAGACCAAGAGCUAAAUUCAUCCCCUCAUUUUUCACUCCUCUCUUGUUCAACUAGAAGAUUCAGUGUCUAAAGGUGAAGAUGAGGAGUGGAAGUGUUGCACCUGAGGCAGAGAAGCUAGAAUCAAGAAGGAACAAGAGAGUUGUUGAUGAGAAUGCUCCUUUGAUACCAAAGGCUCAGGAGAGUGAUUCUGCAGGGUUUGAUGAGUUUAAUGGGGCUUCAUUCUCCGGGGCUGUUUUCAACUUGUCCACCACAAUUAUUGGUGCUGGAAUCAUGGGGUUGCCGGCGUGUGUGAAGAAGUUGGGGAUGGUGCCUGGUCUUCUUGCUAUAAUCUUAACAGGUUUCUUGACAGAGAAGUCAAUCGAGUUCAUGAUUAGAAUUUCCCGGGCGGGGAAUCUUUCUUCUUAUGGGAGUCUCAUGGGGGAUGCUUUUGGGAAAUAUGGGAAAGCUUUGGUGCAGAUAUGUGUUGUUGUCAAUAACAUUGGUGUGUUGAUUAUUUACAUGAUUAUUAUUGGUGACGUGAUUUCAGGAACAUCUUCAAGUGGAACUCACCAUUCUGGUGUCCUUGAAGGAUGGUUUGGAGUUCACUGGUGGACUGGGCGAGCUUUUGUUCUUUUGUUUACGACACUUGCUGUCUUUGCACCUUUGGUCAGCUUUAAGAGAAUUGAUUCAUUGAAAUUCACAUCUGCAUUAUCAGUAGGACUAGCAGUUGUUUUUCUUGUCAUUGCUGUGGGAAUCUCAAUUUUCAAGAUUAUAAUUGGAGGCCUUGAGAUGCCCAGACUCUUCCCGAUCAUUACAGAUGUAGCAUCAGUUUUUGAACUGUUCACUGUUGUUCCUGUGCUUGUGACUGCCUAUAUCUGCCACUACAACGUUCACAGCAUAAAUAAUGAACUUGAGGACUCCUCACAGAUGCAUGGUGUUGUACGCACUUCCCUUGCACUAUGCGCUUCAGUGUACUUACUGACAAGCUUCUUUGGAUUCCUUCUAUUUGGUGAAGGAACUCUUGAUGAUGUGCUUGCCAAUUUUGACACUGAUCUUGGAAUUCCUUUUGGUUCUGUGCUCAAUGACGCUGUUCGAUUUAGCUAUGCUGCGCAUCUUGUGCUUGUAUUUCCAGUUGUCUUCUAUGCAGUGCGCGUCAACCUAGAUGGUCUCGUAUUUUCAUCAUAUAGGCCUUUGCGUCAAGAUAACUUCAGAUUUGCAUCAAUUACUAUUUCACUUAUUGGUGUUAUCUUCCUGGGAGCAAAUUUUAUACCCAGCAUUUGGGAUAUUUUCCAGUUUACUGGAGCAACAGCUGCUGUCUGUGUAGCAUUCAUAUUUCCAGCCGCUGUCACUCUUGGGGAUCGACACAACAUAACAACUAAAGCUGACAAGGUUCUAUCUGUCUUUAUGAUAGUCUUGGCAGUCUUGUCAAACGCUGUGGCUAUAUACAGUGAUGCUUAUGCCUUGAUCAAGAAGAACAAAACUUAUACAUGAAUGAUUUCUUGAAACUUUCUUUGUAGUUCAUAGUACAGGUUUAUUCAUACUUUCAGAUGGGUUGAUUGUAGAAUAAACAAGAAGCCUUCAUUGUAACAUAAAUAUUCAAAAGUAUGUGAAGGCAUGGAAGUUUGCUAUAGUGUGAUCUUUGCUGUUGUAAUUGUAGAGGUUAUUGUUGCUAUGCCUAUAUUUCCUAGAUAUAAGACCCAUAUUUGCUUGUAUAUGUGACGGUGCUUGCAUUGGCUAAACAUAUUCUACAUCGAUACUUAUAUAUAAGAUCCAUUUUUGUUCCUUUUUA